AUGCCUGCAGAAAUGCGGGUUAAAUAUACAAAAGAUCAGCUAUCUCGAGCUCUUGAAGCCAUAAAUAAUGGAAUGUCUGUCUAUAAAGCGUCCCAAACUUUUAACGUGCCGAAAACAACUCUUAGGGAUAAACGUGAUGGAAAGUACAAAAUUGAAAAGUGUGGAGUUCAGCCGGUUCUUUCUAGAGACGAAGAAAGAACAAUUGUUGAAUGGAUUGUCCAUCUAGCAGCUCUAGGUUUUCCAGUUACGAAGUCACAGUUACUAGAAAAUGUUUCAAACCUGGUGAAAAAUUUACAACGUCCAAAUCCAUUUAAGGAUGGUAAGCCUGGAAACCACUGGUUUCAAAAGUUUAUGGACCGUCAUCCUGAAAUUUCCAAACGUGUAUCGCAAAACCUUGCUACAAGUAGAAGUGCAGUUACUGAAGUGGCUAUUAAAAACUGGUUCAGAAAAGUCGAAGAAUAUUUUAGAAGCCAAAAUAUUAUGGAUAUUCUUGAGGAUGGCUCCAGAGUUUUUAACUGUGAUGAGUCGGCUUAG